AUGCAGUUCACGGAUGAUUCUGUGGACGACUUCUAUCGUUUUCUGAAAGCUCUGGGACCAGUGAGGUGCUAUUUUGUUUAUAUCUAUGUUGUAAUAGAAACCACAGUCAACUCUCCGUUGUUUCGAGCGUGGGGCAAUCUCUCUUCACUUGACGAUCUGCUACUGGACGGUUCGAACUCCGUAGAAUCUGCUUGGCUUUGUGCUUUGAAUUUAAAGUAUUGCGACGAGAAUGUCGUUGUUCACUUGGCGUGUUGCGAUCGUGAGAGUCGACGAAUUGUGUGCGGGGAGUUCGUAGAUUCCAUCCAGUUGGCCAACUUGGAAACAGCCCUCGUUCAGUUGGAGUCACGUGAAUGUUUGGUUCCUAUGGGAGUGCUAUCCACAGCUUCUGAUGGCAACGGUAAAGUCAACAAAGCAGACAAUGCUGUGGUGGCAGAGCAUUUGGGUUUGAUAUUUGAACGCGUAGGAGUCUUGGUGACAGAGGUGAAGAAAUGUAAGUUCAACAAUAAUAAUACGUGGACCCUUAACAAAUACCCCUAA